CGAUUUAAAAUUCAGCGAAAAAAUGAGAGGAAAUCUUCGCUUAUAAGCGUCACCCUUCUGCCUCCGUUGAAGGAAGAGAAAUCUUCUACGACAGAGAACUCUGCUAAGAACCCCUCGGUCUCACCAAAUAUUAGAAGGCAUACCAUCGGGUAUCAUGGAGAAAGCAAAGAAAUUUUACUACCCUCUAUAGUUGUAACAAAAGCCGAAGAGGUUGUUUCUUGGGAAGAACAAACUUUAAAGUUGCCGAAACUAGAGGCUAGCAACUCAAAAUCCAGAUAUCAGAGGCGGCUGUCUUUGCCGGAUCCAAGCAGAUUAGCACCCCCUAUUUUUCAGGAUUCUCCUAAAAAUAUACACAGACCCCCGUUGCUACAGAGUAAGGAGGAUGGAAGUGAUUACGCAACCAGUGUUAUGCGUUUGCCACGGUUAAGACCCGGCAGUUCAAUGAUAAAUGGAACCCAUACAAAUGGGAACCAAAAGUGAAUGUUGAAAGAAACAAACGUCGUGUCGCGUUUAUAAACAUUUCUAAGCGAAGUGAAAGAACAAACAAUUAGAAUUCUCUAGUUCCUUUUAUUUGCGCACUUCUCCUGCGGUUGGCGUGAGCUACAUAUACUUUCUCCGAGUUCUGACUCAGAUUGGUUGAAAAGAUUGUGUUUGUGUUUGUUUUUGACGUCAAACACACGAGUUAACGUCUUCUUGUCGAAAGAACUGUAGUGGAAAGGAGUUUAGCGAGUACAAAAAGUGAUGGAGACCACGUUACAUUUCGGGAACGUGACCAAAUAUUAUGAACGCAUUAAUAAUAAAACAAAAACAAAAUUCGUGCACCUACAGCUCGUGAAAUUGUCAAAGUGCUGAGGAGUUGAGGCGCUUCGCGAGUGGAACUCAUAAAGUAGUAUUAUGCACAACAAUCAAAAAUCUUUUGGAACCACAUUCGCUAGUGCGUCGUAAUGACUCAAGAAAGAGUGGCGGUGAUGUUGUGAAAUUUUCCUAGCGCAUUUAAAAUGUCUUUUUACAGUCAUGAGCUCACUGUAACUGAGACUCUUCUUAUCCCAAUGGGUAGUUUUUGUUCCAAAUCGCAGUAUCUUCGGAGUAAGGGUUGCUCAAGACUGAAUAGCCUACUUAUUAAAUUUCCAACCGCUUAAGAAACACAGUAACUUAAAAGGUAAUCCGAAAGCUUGGCCUUCGGAAUCCGCAAUUCAUUGCAAGGAAUCCUGCUAACAGUUAGAAUCCGGAAUCCAUUGCUUAGAGCCCGGAAUUCACAGGCCCACAGCGUGGAAUGCAGAAUCCACGACUGUUUUGGAUUUAUGGUCUAUAGCCAAAAAAAAUCGCUUCUAUUGCCGUCCCCCGCCCUCAGUUUACAACGAUCUGUGGUCCUGUACUGAGACUAUUGACAUGAAAUGGUGACGAAAUGCUUAAUGGCAACACGAAAUAACUCAUAUCAAGAGAGGGUAUUCAGAUACAAAAUCAGACUCUAAAACAAAACUCAGGCUUUUACCAGGAAAGCACUAUUAAUGAGAUUACGCUGGAAUUUUUAUCUGCUUAGAUAGCCAGGUACAAAAUCUAGAAAGGUAGAAAUAUUUUAAAUUAUUUACUUUGGAGAGUAGCCAAAAGUUGCUGAUGUCUUCGAGAACAGCGGUAAUUUAGUGUAUAUGUUAAAAGAAACAUGUUAUACAAUCAUAUAACCAUAACAAUUAACUUAGUUUUGCUAAAAUGAUUUACAGGCUUGAAAUCUUAGAAAAUAUUUUAAAAGGAGAGAAGAAAACAAACAAACAGACAAACGAACGAACGUCUUUGAAAAUUAAGUCAUAACUAAGGUUGAAAGAACUGUACUAAAGAAAGAAAUUUAAAAGAAACAUUCCAAUUACAUAAUGCAUACAUAAUCUAUGGCCAAACAUAUAUAUCACUGUCAGAGGCAUACAACCCUGUUCACUGGUUAGAUGCUUCUGAUAUUACAUAUUUCCAUUGCUUUUUGCUAUUUUUGUUAAAACUAUUUUUAACGCUUAAUAUACUUGUAAACUGAGAAGCUCCAAACAUUCUUGUACUGUAAAAUGGGUAUAGACUUAACACCAUUGAAUUGAUUGAAUAAAAUAAAAUUUAGUUAAUCAUUUUUACCACACAACGUACCAAAUAAAAUCAAAGAAAAAAAAAAAAGACUCUUUAAGUUACUUACAAAAUGUUUGUGAAUCGACCCAGAGCAAAAUGAAAACGAUGGGAAUAGUAAUAACCGUCCAUGUCGAAGAUAUAAAAGCUUAAAUUUAAAUGCAAGAAAGUUUUCUUCUCAUUACAUGAGAAGAAUGUGUGAUUCCCAAAAAAUAUUUUUUUCCCUCAAUACAAGCGUCGUUACAUUCUCUAUGUGGAGGCUAAAGACUGAUCGUUCGGGUUGUUGACAACGGUGCCACGCAAAGUGACGAUUUUGCCGUAAACUGAGAGCGACCGUGAUUACCUUUAAUAACAUGGCCACCAUUGUUUGGAAGCCUCUUGCUUAGAAAUCUUUCUAGAAAAAUCUAUUACGAGGUCAAAGAGAAUAAAAAAAUCGUAGAUAAACUGCAAAAAAGGGGACGACGAGCUUUUACGGUUUUUUUCUCGCAAAAAGGAAAAACAAAACAAGCUUUUUGUGACCCUUUUUUGCUCUACGAAUGACAAAUUAAGCUAAAAUGUACAGCACAUUUAAUCCAACGAUAAGAAGUGAAUUCAACUUUAUCGUCAAGCUUUAUAAUUAAAAAAAAGGAAAUCUUUACUGAAAAAACGAGCUCGUUCGUUUUUUCGUUAAUGAAACGUUUAACAUAGCACUAAGAAGCCCUCAGGUCUUUUCUGUUUAUAACCUCAUUGACCAUGACGUUGUAAAUCGCGGUAAACAAACUUUCGAGCAUUUAGAACAAACUUCAACUCGCGCAAAACCCGUGGCCAUGUUGAUUUCAUCAAUUUUAAUACUGACGAACUGCAUCAGUGAAAUGAUCAUUUCGAUAAGAGGUUAAGUUGUCUAAGUUUUAUGCAAUAAUAAAGCUUACCUUUUCUUUACCUGUGUGGCUUCUCGUUCAACGUAGCUGUCUGGUAAACCCAUUUUUGUUCCUCGAUAAGUUCAACGUCCAGAAAAAUAUAGAACUAUGAAUGGACGCUACAAGCAAAGGCAAAGAUGACGCGAAUUAUGUGACACGUGACUCCAGUAUGUUGCAUGUGACACAGGUCAAUUGAGUAAAACUUUCAUUUUUUUUUCGUGUAUUAAAUUUACGAGUGUAGUCUUGUUUUCCUGGAUUUAUAGAGUGAAAAAUAGCUUAUUCACACUUGUCCCAUGAUCACCGAUUUUUUUUUUAAAUUUCCAAAUGCAGUCGAAAAUCUCCCAAGGGCGGGACAGGUACACGUAUGUGCGGCUUGGAACUAGGGGGUGGGGGUGGGGGGGACUAGUAAGCGUCAAAGAAGAAAAGCAUAACCACUCUAACUACUUGACAUUCUCUAUGGACAUUUUCCGAAGUGUACGAGUAUUUUCGAAGUCAAAGCGACAAUCGCUAUUAAUAAAGCGACGAUCUUAAAGAGCAAGGCGACGAUCGCAUUGCCAUUUGACAGCCGUGCGACGAAAACCAAAGCAGCAAUCAGAAUCUGUCAAUCACUCAUGGGGACAUUCAGUAUCAGAGCCCCCCCUCCCCCCGUUUUGGUGCCAAAAGCCAUUUUUACGGAUGUACAGUGACAUUACCUGUGACAUCGUCCACUUCAGAUCAGACGACUUAUAAAGAACUACCUAACAAGCACCAUGAAGUUAGUAGGACCUUCUAAAUAACUGCCUGCUGAUGCAUUAUCACAAAUCGAUUACGGACACACUAGACACUGUGAAGAUUGCAAAGAGGUUUGCUUGUGCCAACGAAAAACGCGAAGGGCAUGUUGGAAAAUCUGAAUAGGGGUAUGCAUGUAUGGCUGAGGGGAAGAUGAGCCCAGCCCUACGUUUCAAAACGCCCCGCCGCUUCUGGGUAUGGAGAGAAAUUUCACAUCAACAGGAAAAACUGUUACCUUUGAUUGAAUUUUCGCCCGCGGUUCCCUUAGGUGGCAUCCGUCCAAGAGUGUUCGUCUCAUUUAUACGCAGAUAUUUAGCAAAUCGAUUCAGUAAAGACAACGCAAUGUCAAGUAAUUGCGCAAAGGCGCACUGAAACGCCUGAACGCGACUUCGGUGCUCAGGCACGGCCAGGCCGCCUGCACCGCCGUCCGUCUUCUCUCAUGAUUGAGGCUAGUAAAACAUCAGGUCCAGGUUGUUCAAACGGUGUAUGGCGCUAUCCACCGGUAGAUCACUAUCCAGCGAAAUCAAUUUUGUGGAUAGAGAUUUAUCCAGUGCCAUGGAUAGCGUUCUCCACCUUUUGAACAAGUGGGCACUGAUAAAAUGUGACUGGUGCCGUAUUGUUCGAACGACUGAAGGAAAAUUUAAAGAAAGUCUUGUAAUGACCGGUAUUCAGAACCAAAGCCUAUCGAGCGAAGUUGAGAUGUAAACAAAGUUUUCUCCAUCUGAACUACCGCAUUUGCUUGAAAGAGCUCUGCCCUGGUGGACCACACCUGAGAACAUCCGCACCCAUUCGCACCUUAGUCAUUUCAAAGUUUGAUAUUAAGCAAUGAUUGCAUUGGGCUGAGUCUGCUCGGCUAAAAAAAAAAACACUGUCCUGUUAAGUUGUAAAUCAGUUAUCUUCUCGUUCAUUCUGUAAUUAGCUGAACUCCUUUAGCUUCGAGAACUUCAAAAGGUCCCACCAAAGACAAAAAACAUUAUAACGGAUUUUCCUUUUACUUGCAGUACCGUAUUACAGUUUGCAUUGCUUUGCGAUGAAAAAAAAAAAGAAAAAAAAGAAAAGAAAAGAACUUUAACGCAAAGAAGCGAGUAAUGUUUUUUUUUUUUUAUUAUCAUUUUGUAGUUUUAUUCCAUUUCGCAGAGUGUAUAUGUUGUGGUUCAGUUUUAUUCUUGGUUAAAAUUUUAUUUUCCUUUGUUUCAAACUCAUUAUCAUAUACAGGACCAAAGACAAAAUUCAACCACAACAUAUACUGUUACGCUUUCAGGCCACUAAACUGUGAACGUUGGCUUGUAAUCAACGUUGAUUGUACAAUGAGAAAAUGAUUCCACUUUCCUACUACAUUGUUCCAGCUGUUACUACUUUCCACCAGUAAAACAGAUGUGUAUUCAUUGCGAAUAGGUUCAGCUUUAUUUUCUUAUAAUUACUGGUGUGACGCUACCUCGACUCUCUAUAAGCCGGACACCUCUCUGAAACGGACAGACGAGGCCGGUCCCAAAGGUUUCCGUGUUACAGAGAAUUAACCUUACCCCGAGUGCCAUAGGUUUUUUCUCACGUGCGGCGAGGAGCUUAGUAGGCCGCAGCCCGCCACGUUUUCGGCCGAAAAGGCUUGACCGAAAUAACCGAGCAUGAAAAGCCUCUGGUAACCUAAAUAAGAAAUUAAAAGAAAUUUCAUACCUCAAAGCUACCAAAACAAUAAAGAAAAUCGAUGGGUGGUCUUUUGAAGAUAUUUAUUAGUGUACAUCAUGGUGUCUCCUACGUCAAUGAAGUUAGACAAGAAAAUACUCAGAAAAUAUAGUACUUCUAAGAUAAACUAUUCAUUCAUUAGUUGAAAAAAUAAAAUAAACGGGACUUAAAUCGAGAAUUUUCUUCUUUCAAACUAUUUAUUCUUCAAAUUUCCUUAGUUCUUCGUAUUCAUGCUGUUUCCAUGGCUACCGAUUAAAGUUACCUUUUAUAUUUUCGGAUUCAAAUUGCGUUUUAACAGUAAAAUUUUAAAGGCGCCUAUGGCUUCAUAAAAAUAAAAUUAAAAAUUAAACAAGUAAGGAUCAACUUGGAAUUUCGCAGUUAUAACUUUUCACUGACACUAGACAGAGAUAAACUGAAUAUUUUACGAGCAAAGGAGAAUCCGUUUGUAUACAUCGCGCUUAAAGAAACGUUUCCUGCAAGAUGGCGCGGUUCUCAUUUUUUAGUACAAGUUUUACGCUUAAUCAAGUUUAAAAUUUUUAUGAAAGAAAAGAGUAAUAAGUUUUUUUUUGUUGAAUGUGAAUAAGCUCUUAUUCACCAGCGGGAUAUAUUUGUUUUGACGCAAAAACAAAGUCCAAUACUUUCACCAAUUUUAAUAUUUACGUUGACAAGUACUCAAACGACCUGUCAUUUUUUGUUUCAUGGAAUAGAAAAUUGACAAGUGCGUUUCGAAUAGUUAGAGCACUAUUAAUAUUUACUCUACAUGUAUUCUGACUGACAGAUAACUUUAAUAUCUCUGGAGCGAGUAGCGAAGGGAAGUUAUCAAAUUUACUAGCGUCAUGACGACAGAAAUUUCAAUUGAACGCGAGGCCAAUCUACGGGCUCGAAAGAAAAAGAUUCUGCGAUUACAAAGGCUGAAAUACCUCACCGGGAAACUUGAAAUUUCAGACGCACUAACAGCAAAUGACGCAGAAAAUAAGGAUGCCUCAUUUGCUCAAGGAAAGGAAGAAAAGUCGAGCGAUCAACUUUGCACCAAGGAGCCGCCAGUAGUCGCUUAUGAGGAAGUGAAUGAGAAGCUCACAAACGGAUCUGUUCCCGGUGGUAACUCUGAUCGAAGUGGAAACGAGCCAUUUGCGCCAAAACAUAAGAGUCCUGUUUUACCGAGGAGAAAGCGACAUGACGCUGAAGUGACAGUCGAGCAAUGUCAAAAGCUAACUAACAUAGACAGUUCGAAAUCUUCCAUUGUUGUUGACAAUACUACUGAACUCGAUCGAUACACACCUUCGGUUGCGUCUCUUUCUUCGGAAUAUCAUCGGAAAACGAUUGAAAUCAAGAAGAAAGCUGACGAACGGAGACGAAAUGUUGGAUCACCAAGAUAUACACAUCCCACCCUACUGAAUUUAUCAUCAAACAGCCAUUCUUUGGCGGUUAAUAACCUUCAACUGCUUCGAAGUUCAAGCCUUACUGAGUUGCGCCAUCAGGAUAAUCAAGAAGAAAUUCAACAUGCCCAACACGCUACAAUCAUUCACGGAAUUAGAUGCAAAAGUGAAGACGUAGGAGUGGGAACCCCGAACGGGAUUGCGGAGCAUGAAACCGCUCCUUUCCCGCUACGUGCAGCCAGCAUGUCUUCCAUAACCGAUGUAUGUCUCACAACAGAAAAAGAAGAUAUGAAUUUUGGAGUUUUCGCGCGGAAACAACAAGAAAGACUAGAAGAUAAUUUACGGCGUGUGGAGCAAAACCUAGACAGUACUUUCAGCAAAUUACGACGUUAUAUA